AUGAAAUUCCUACAGACGUCUCUUGUGGCUGCCCUGCCUGCAGCGCUCGUCAGCGGCCGCUUCGUGGCGGAGAACGAGGGCGACCAUGUUAUUCUCGAGGAGCCGGCCAAGUACCUCAUCGAACUGGGCCCUGGCGAGACGCAAUGGGUUACCGAGGAAGACAAGUGGGAUCUCAGACGUAACGGCCAGCGCUUCAUGGACAUCACCGACACGCAAGACCUCGGCACCCUGCGGGCCCAGUCCCAGGCUGCUACCGUCCAGUUCCCCGACAAGUGCGUCAAGCAGAAGGAAGUCGGCCAGCUCGCCGGCAGCCUGUCAAAGGACGAGAUGCUCAAGAACCUCCAGAAGCUGACGAGCUUCCACACCCGCUACUACAAGUCCGACUACGGCCGCCAGUCGUCCGAGUGGGUGCUGGAGAAGGUCAACCAGAUCAUCAAGGACGCCGGCGCCGGCGACGCCGUCUCCGCGAGCCCCUUUGCCCACUCGUGGCCGCAGAGCUCCGUCAUCGCGCGCAUCCCCGGCAAGACCAACACCACCGUCGUCAUCGGCGCACACCAGGAUUCCAUCAAUCUGUGGUUGCCCGCUAUCCUCGCGGCUCCUGGCGCCGACGACGACGGCAGCGGCACCUUCCACUGGUACAGCGCCGAGGAGGCCGGUCUCUUGGGCAGCCAGGCCAUCUUCCAGGCGUACGAGAAGGCGGGCCGCGACGUCAAGGCCAUGCUGCAGCAGGACAUGACGGGCUACGCUCAGGGAACCAUCGACGCGGGCAAGCCGGUGAGCGUGGGCGUUAUCACCGACUACGUUGACCCUGGCCUUACUGCCUUUAUCAAGAAGGUCAUCGAGGAGUACUGCAGCAUUCCCUGGGUCGAGACCAAGUGCGGCUAUGCUUGCUCUGACCACGCCUCUGCCUCCAAGGCCGGGUACCCAUCUGCCUUUGUUAUUGAGUCGGCAUUUGAGAACUCGGACCAGCACAUUCACGGUACUGACGACCUGAUCAAGUAUCUGUCGUUUGACCACAUGCUUGAGCAUGCCAAGAUGACCCUGGGCCUGGUGUACGAGCUUGCAUACCAUGACUUUUCCGCAGCCCGUGAAGAGCCCUCAGAAUUGUAA